AUGGAUUCGUACCGGAAUGUGCCAGCCAUCCCAGUUUGCAAAACCGAAUAUUCAAGGAAUCGUCAGUUGAAGACCAAGCCGACGAAUGGAAAACAGUUCUGCAACUCGUUUAUCGCUUACUUGAGAGAGUUGUUACGAUCUGAAAAUCACCUUAAUUUCUUCAUUUACAAUCAACAGUCAAAAGGUCCAAAAACCAACAAAGUUAAAUUCGUAAUAUCGGCCGAUCCAUAUCAACGGCUCGAUUAUGUGGAUCCCAUCAAAUUGAAGCCAAAGAAUCGAAACUCUAACAAGAAAAACGAAAAUGAAACUAAUGCCAGUGAUGACAUCCUUCCACCUACCGACUCGGUGAACAGUUACCUCAAUAUAACGGAUCUCGAUUUAGCAGAUCUAGAAUUCCCACUCGAUUUAUAUGAAAACAAAAUCCGAGAUGAGGACAUCCUUGAUUUGCUUGAUAUCGACAUUCCCAUCUUCGAUAAUAACACGAAAACCAGCUUCGCAAGUAACUUCAAUGAAAUUUGUACCGAUGACAACUUGUAUGGCGAUAUCAACAAUUUUAAUUGUAACGUUUCUGAGGAUUUCUAUCGGAUUAACUAUGCCGACAUCCGAUCUACAGCUCGAAAGCAAUUGUUAUCGUCAAGAGCUUGUCGUUUGAGAAGAUUAGCCAACCACGAAGCCAAUAAAAUCAAACUGGUCGGUCUCAGAAGUGAACACGCUUACAUGGUGGCAGGGAACACGGACUUGUACGUACAAAACGAGUUGAAACUGGCCGCAAAGAAAAUUUUGGAAAAAAAUGAAAAUUUAUAA